GAGAGCGCAGAGACAGCGGUGCUAAGAACACUUUUGUGUGUGAUCCUGAGCAGUGCUGUGCAGCCGCGAUCAUUAUAAACAACAAGAUGAACAAGCUCCUGAUAGUACUUCUGGCUGUAUGCCUUGUCAGCGUUCAUGCUUUUGUGAAACGUGACACCGCUGAGGCCACACAGACCAACGGGCUAGCCAACUUUGGAAAGGAAUUAGCUGAUCUCUUUGAAAAAUCUAAGUCCGAAUUCGACAAGACCUUCAACCCUGACAAGUUAAAGAAGGACUUUUCUGCAUUGGUUGACCAGAUAAGUGGAAUGGCACAACAAAAACCAGAUGCUCCUAAGGCAUAAAUUUCAAAAUAAAUAAAGCUGUAUAAUUCCUACCCAUAUAUACGGAAUUGGUUACAAUAAAAUCGAGAUUAAUAAAUUAUAAAAUUAUUUAAA